AUGGAUGAGGAAUCAGACGAGCGCACCGAAGAGUUGGAAACGUUGCAGUCAAUUUACCCAGAACUGGUCAUAGAUCCCAGCAACCGAUACAAGGCGACCCUCGAUCUGCUUGUAGCGCCCACCAAUCCACUUCCCGUCACAUUCUCGCCUGGAGAGACCGUCGAGCGCCUGUGCUACCUGCCCUCACUACACGUCGUGCUCGAUCUGCCCGCAGAUUACCCGAACGAAGGACCCCCACACGUCGAGAUCACGACUGCCCCGCCAUGGCUACCAGAAAGCAGAGCGCAACAGCUGGCAGGUGGGGCAAAAUUGCUAUGGGACGAAUAUGGAGGCGGUAUGGUGUUGUUUGCCUACAUCAGCUCACUGCAGGAGCAGGCUGAGACGUGCUUUGGGAUCGAGGAGCUCACCCUACCAACUUCGAUGCGGAAAGAGCAGCUGGACUACAGCAAGCGCAUGAAGCGCGAGCUGUUCGAUAAGGAGACAUUUGACUGUGAAGUAUGUUUGGAACCCAAGAAGGGAUCAGCUUGCUACCGUAUGGAGCGCUGCAGCCACGUCUUCUGCGUUGCUUGUUUGCAGGACUACUAUAACAACUGCAUCACCGAGGGCGCUAUCAACAACAUCAAGUGCAUGUCAACAGAGUGCGGUGGCAGCAAGAAGAAGGAUCAACUGAUAUCACCAAAGGAGCUGUUGCAGAUACCAAUACUCCACGAGCAAGUCGAGCGCUACGUCAACAUCAAGCGGAAGAAGAAGAUGGAAUCGGACCCCAACAUGAUGUUCUGCCCGCGGCAAUGGUGUCAAGGCGCAAUGCGGUCACCCAAAUAUCCCAAGAUCAUCGACGUGACUCAGAUAGAUGAGUCGGACUCGGAGGCAGAUGACGACCCGGCUCAACCAGAAGCUCCCACAGGACCAGAGAAGCGUGCCGUCGGUGUUCGUGGCAUGGAUCGGCUAGCUGUUUGCGAAGACUGCACACUAGCCUUCUGUGUUGUCUGCCUUUCCUCCUGGCAUGGCGACUUCGUGCGCUGCGAACCCCGCGAUGCCAAUCAGCUUACCGAAGAGGAUCAGGCAUCGCUGAACUUCAUCAUGAAGAACACCUCGCCGUGCGCUUAUUGCUCCGUCCCGUGUCAAAAGUCAUUUGGUUGCAAUCAUAUGACGUGCGCACAGUGUAAAACCCACUUCUGCUAUCUGUGCGGUGCCUGGCUGGAUCCCGGGCGCCCAUACCAACAUUUUAAUGAUCCGAAGAACAAGGGCUGUUUCCAGCGCCUCAUGGACGGUGCGGAAGGGGAUAUGGUCAAUGGAGAAGUUCAAUUUGGAGGAAGGCGAGGAGCUGAACAGAUGGCUGAGUUUUGGGAGCAAGAGGCAAUGCGAAUACAAAUGCAAAUGAACGACGAAGAUACAAGGUAA